AAAGAAAAACAAUGCAAAGAUAAUCACGGAUAAAAUGAGGAAAACCUUCUCAAGCCGAAGACUCGAAGUGGUGACCCUCAGCCCCUCUGUGAAUGUGUUUAAAGAAAGGUGGCCAGCAUUAUUCAGUGAGGCUCAGAUCAAAGAAGAAUUCAGACGUAUCACUACAGUCUCCUUGGAGGAGACUUUCAUGAUGAAACUUGACCAGUACACACCAGGUCUUUUGAGUCUUAUGCGUGCUAAGGGAGGAGCUGUUGGUUCCAAAAUGCGCCCUCUGCUAUACACUGUUAAUGACACACAGAUCAUCGAGAAGAAACGAGAUGCAGUUGUCUGCUGCCUAAUUGAUUUCCUUGGUGAAAAACGAGAGGAUCUUUUCUAUGACUGCCAGGAAUGUGAGGACUUCACUGAUAAAACCAUCCAGGUGAUAGUGAUGCACAGUAACAUGGCUGAGGAGGAUCCAUCAGAUGUGUCGAUUGUGAUUGAGGGGAACCCAGUGCUGGAAGGAUGUGGAAGCAGAACAAAGGCAUGUGUACUGCUGAUGGGGCUGAUAUAUGCCCUCAAUCUGGAAUAUCCAAAAAGGCUGAAGAACACAUUUGAAACUUUUCAAAAGCUUUUGUUGGAACUAGAUGGAGAUAAACUACUGAAGAAGGUACACAGUCUGAAAAACAAGCUAAUGCAAUAGACAUACAUUUCCAGUUCCAAGAGGAUGACCUUCCUCAAGUUCAAGGUCUAGUUCAAGUUUAUUGUCCUAAGGAGGGGAAAGUUAUCUUCCACUAAACAGUGUUGGUGUUCAUCUAUUUAUUUCAUUCAUAGUUCAUAGUUCUAUUUGUCAAUUAUUGAGAAACUGUAUUUUAAGCAGUAAGCUUAUUGCGUUAUCAAACGGGUUUAUUUCUUUGAAAUGUUGCAUUAUUCUGUAUUUUUUUUUGAUCAUUUGGUUGA